AUGGGUAAGGCGGGGAGUAAAGUCCUCAGAGAGGCCUCGGUGGACGGGGUUCAAGCACAGCCAACUCCUGCUGUGGCUGCUCCUGCUGCCUCUGUUAAAUUCGAAGGACUUGCUAAAGCCAAGAAGAUGAAGGUGAAAUGGACCCAGGUGGGUUUGGUGUUCUUCCUCGUGUUGUCCCUGGUGAUGACAGGAUGCUUCAUCUGGCAAUAUCAGCUUCCUAAAGUUCUGCCAGAUGAUGGCAUGGGUCGUAACGCCAACUCAGAGAUGAUGUGUCCACGCUUCCCAGAGCCUCUUCCGCUGGAGCAUCCCAUCCCCAGUCUGAAAGAGGCCCUGGAAAAGGUGGAUGUUUUGCUUCGGCAGACCGUCAACCCCAUCAGCCUUCCUGCUCUGUCGGCCAUCGUAAUCUUAAAUGACACAGUUCUGUGGACCGGCAACUUUGGGAAAAGGAACGCCAGUGAUCCGCUCUCUGGAGCCCCCAACGAGUACACCAUCUACAGAAUUGCCAGCCUAUCCAAAAUCUUCCCGACACUGAUGCUGUACAGGCUGUGGGAGGAAGGGAAGAUCGGCUCCUUAGAUGACCCUCUGGAGAAAUAUGUGGAGAACUUUACGAUCAAAAACCCUCUAGGGAAGAUGCGAGACUCUGAGUUGAAAUAUGUGACAGAUGGUCUGAUAUUUCUGGACAGCGGGGAGGUUCAGAUCCGUUCCUCCUCAGUCACCCUGCGUAGGAUGGCCAGCCAGCUCUCAGGUCUGCCCAGGAGACUCCGGGCCACAAACCUGCUCUGGAAAGGAAAAACACAAUCUGCAAUCGAUCUACUUCAAGAUGACGUCCUUGUAGCAGACCCAGGCACCAAAUGUCACUACAGCAACCUCGCCUUCUCGUUGCUGGCGCAUGUGAUGGCCGAGCGAGUUGCCAACGUCGACUACCAGCGGUGGAUCACAGAUAACAUCCUGGACCGACUGGGGAUGGAGGACACCGGCUUCGACAUCACCCCAGGACUCCAGGGCCAGAUGGCCGUGGGAGUUUACUCCAAUGGAAAGCCAGCCCCACUCUAUGACCUGGGCUGGUAUCGGCCUUCAGGUCAGAUGUUUUCCACUGCGGCAGACUUGGCCAAGCUCGCCAUGAUGCUGCUAAGUGCUUAUCACCGCAAGCUGUUGGAGCCAGACUCCCUGAAGAUCAUGCUGACCCCGCUCUUCAGGUGUGACAAGGACUACUUUGCCAACCGUACCGGGACGCCGUGGGAGGUGAACGAGCUGCUGGGCUACGAGAUGGUGCGAAAAGAUGGCGAUCUGGACGGCUACUCGGCCACCUUCUCCUUAGUGCCAAGACUGAAACUCGGCCUGGUGGUGCUCAUGGCUGGAAGUAGGUCUCAAAAUCAGGAUGUGGUAACCAAGGCCUACAACUCCAUCAUCCCAGCUAUAGAAAGAGCCUUCAGGGAAGCCAAGAAGAUCCUUUUCCCACCCCCAAACCCAGAACCUUACGUUGGCAUUUUCACAUACGGCAACAUCACCUUCUAUGAGAUCAAAGCCGGGCCUGACGGAGUUCUGAUCAUGCAACAGUUUGGGCCCCAAAUUGAAGAGCUGAUCCCAGAAAAGUAUAGGACAAUAAAGCUCAAUUUCUUGGUUGAACGUGUGUUCAGAGUGGUGUUUGAAAAGGAGUACCCUUGUGUUUUGCAAGUUGGAACAGCCUCAGUGUCCCUGGAAGCCCAAGACGGCCAAUUAUUUAACUUCUACAUGUUUGAUAAGCGGGGUUUGUCCCCUGGAUUUGAUGCACCGGGACUGAACACAUAUAAUGUGGUCAGAAUAGCUCGCAGGCCGACCUUUCCGAGCUGA